AUGGAGAAUUCAACCCAAGAUUCCCUCCUAAGAUUAGAAAACACCGUAACCUAUGAAUCUCCAUACCCUCUCUAUGCCAUGGCAAUCUCUUCAACCCCAUCUCGCACAAACCAAUACCACCAACGCAUUGCCUUGGGCAGCUUCAUUGAAGACUACAACAACCGUAUAGACAUUUUGUCUUUUGACCCAGAAACCCUCUCUAUCAAAACCCACCAAAAUCUUUCUCUUGAGCACCCUUACCCACCCACAAAGCUCAUGUUUAGCCCUUCCUCUGUUAAAAAGUCCAAUGACCUUUUAGCCUCUUCUGGUGACUAUCUUUGCUUAUGGGAAGUUAGAGACUCUGCUUCUGUUAAGCCAGUUUCAGUGCUUAACAAUAGCAAGACAAGUGAGUUUUGUGCUCCUUUAACUUCUUUUGAUUGGAAUGAUAUUGAACCUAAGAGAAUUGUCACUUGUAGUAUCGAUACAACUUGUGCUGUCUGGGAUAUUGAAAAGGGUGCUGUUGAAACUCAACUUAUAGCUCAUGAUAACGAAGUUUAUGAUAUUGCUUGGGGUGAAGCAAGGGUUUUUGCUUCAGUUUCUGCUGAUGGGUCAGUUAGGAGGUUUGAUUUAAGGGAUAAGGAACAUUCUACUAUUAUUUAUGAGAGUCCGAGACCUGAUACACCCUUGUUGAGAUUGGCUUGGAACAAGCAGGAUUUGAGGUAUAUGGCUACCAUAUUGAUGGAUAGUAAUAAAGUUGUCAUCUUGGAUAUUAGGUAUCCAACAAUACCUGUUGCGGCGUUGGAGAGGCAUCGCUCGAGUGUGAAUGCUAUUGCUUGGGCUCCUCAGAGUUGCAGGCAUAUUUGUUCUGCUGGUGAUGAUUCACAGGCACUUAUUUGGGAGUUGCCUACUUUGGCUGGGCCAAAUGGGAUUGAUCCAAUUUCCAUGUUCUCUGCUGCUUCUGAAAUUAACCAGCUUCAGUGGUCUGCAGCGCUGCCUGAUUGGAUUGCUAUCGCAUUUUCAAAUAAAAUGCAGCUUUUAAAAGUUUGA